UUACUCUUUCUCUCUUUCUUUCUUCAUCCCCUCUCUCUCUUACACCACCUCCAAUUCCUUUACAAUUCCAGAGUCCACACCGUCGUAAUAAUUUCUCAUUUCUCUCCCGUGUGAAGAAGAAGUACCAUCAAAAAUAAAAACCUCAUUGAUGCGCCAUCUCUUCACUUCUCCAAUCAAAACCUCUUUCUCUCUCCUCUUCUAUAAAACUAAAACCCUUCCCUCUCUCUCUCUCCGAUCUCCUCAUUUUCUUCUCCAUUCUCUCUCCUCACUUUCACCUUCAUCAUCUUCAACCUCUCGUCUCUCUCUUCUGCAAUUCUUCGCCUGCAAAUCGAGAUCAUUAAUGGCGACGGUUCCUCCGCCGAGGUCAACCACGCCGUCGAUCGGUGUCGUCGCUGCUAACGAUGUCGGCAUCUCUAGAAGGUCUUGGAAUAAGUUUAAGCGUGACUCCAUUUUCUCUCUCUUCACUCCUUUUGUCAUCUCUUUGGCUGCUGGUAAUCUUGAACUCGAAGCUUUCCGCCAUUAUAUCUCUCAGGAUGUUCACUUCCUCAAGGCCUUCGCUCAGGCGUAUGAAUUAUCGGAAGAAUGUGCGGACGAUGAUGAAGAUAAAGUCGCUAUUUCGGAGCUAAGGAAAAGUGUUUUGGAAGAGUUGAAAAUGCAUAAUUCUUGUGUGCAGGAAUGGGGUUCUGACCUUGGCAAAGAAAGCUCUCUUAAUUCUGCAACUCAAAAGUAUACAGAUUUUCUGUUGGCUACAGCUUCAGGAAAAGUUGAAGGAGUAAAAGGCCCUGGUAAACUUGGUACUCCGUUUGAGAAGACAAAGAUUGCAGCUUACACUUUGGGUGCAAUGACACCUUGUAUGAGGUUAUAUGCUUUCAUUGGCAAGGAGCUUCAGGCUUUGUUGGAUUCAGACAUCAGCAGUCACCCUUACAAGAAGUGGAUCGACAAUUAUUCAUCUGAAGGCUUCCAGGCAUGUGCUCUGCAAAUCGAAGACUUGCUUGAUAAAUUGAGUGCCUCCCUAACGGGUGAAGAGCUCGACAUUAUUGAAAAGCUUUAUAAACAGACCAUGAAACUUGAGACGGAAUUCUUUAUGGCACAACCGCUAACACAAAAGACUGUGGCUCCCUUGUCGAAGGAGCUUAAUCCUGAAGAAUGGCGUCUCACUCUGUUUUCCGAUUUUGACUUAACUUGCACCAUUGUUGAUUCAUCUGCAAUUUUAGCUGAGAUUGCAAUUGUAACAGCUCCAAAAUCUGAUCAAAGUCCGACUGAAAAUCAAAUUGCUCGAAUGUCAUCUGCUGAUUUGAGAAAUACAUGGGGUGUUCUCUCGAGGCAGUACACAGAGGAGUAUGAACAGUGUAUCGAGAAUGUUUUAGCAACGGAUACAGGAGGAGAGUUCAGUUAUGAAGCUCUGCAAAAGGCGCUCGAAUUACUUGCUGAUUUUGAGAAAAAGGCCAAUGCAAGGGUGAUUGAUUCUGGCGUCCUGAAAGGUGUGAACCUUGACGACAUCAGAAAGGCCGGUGAACGUAUAAUACUUCAAGAUGGGUGUAAAAAUUUCUUCCAGAAUGUUGUACAGAAAGAGAAUCUGGAUGUAAAUGUCCAUGUACUUUCAUAUUGUUGGUGUGGUGAUCUUAUCAGAUCAGCUUUUGCAUCAGGGGGUUUGGGUGCAUUAAAUAUACAUGCAAAUGAAUUCAACUAUGAAGAAUCAAUUUCCACCGGUGAAAUCAUCAAGAAGGUUGAAUCUCCCAUUGACAAGCUUCAAGCAUUUGAUGAGAUCUUGAUGAAUCGUGGCAAUGACAAGCAGAACUUGAGUAUAUACAUCGGGGAUUCUGUUGGUGACGUGCUUUGCUUACUCAGGGCAGACAUAGGAAUUGUUGUUGGAUCAAGUUCAAGCUUGAGGAGACUUGGAAGUCAUUUUGGUGUUUCAUUUGUCCCGUUGUUUGAAGGUUUGGUAAAGAAACAAAGGGAAUGUGUUGAAGGAACUCCUUUGAGAUGGAAAACCAAGCCUGGUCUUCUUUACACAGCCUCUAGUUGGUCGGAAAUACAUGCAUUCAUUUUGGGGUUUUAGGAAACCAAUUUUCAUGUUAGGUUAGGAUCUGAAGCAACUGCCAUAUAUCAUAGGACAUGCAUACAUAUUGGUGGCUAGUUUUAUUAUGAGCCACAAAUGAGCUAUUGUUUUUCUUUUUGCCUUACAAAAGCUGUCAUCUAGACUUCCCCAUUUAAAUACCUUGACAAUGGUAAUGCCAUUUCUGAACUCUCAUGCAGUGUCAUCAAGUAGUCUUUUGCAGGUGCAACAAGGUGUUACACUGUUAUGGUGGUUGCAGAGAGAGAAUAUGAGUUGCUGCAGCCUCUUCGCUGUCGUCUAAAAUGUAAUGGCAUUUUUGUUCUGUUAUGGCAUUUCUGUUCCAUAUUUUGGGGGUUACAUAGGAACUCGGGGAACGUAGUAUUGGAAGUUCAAGUAGAACAUAUACUCGUUGUAUUCCCAUAAAAUGUUCUGUUAAUAUCAAAACUUCUGAUAUAUUCUUGGAACCACUUAAUGGCUAAGAAGCGGGCGCUGGAUAUCUGUAUUGUCUGUAUUUCUGAAAUGGCUGGAUCCACUUUGGUGUUACUGAUUUCAGGGCAAAAUUUUCA